AUGAGCAAAAAGAAAAAGUCAGCGGAUGAGGACUUGACCGAUGAACAAAUAAAACAAAUUUUAGAACGGAUUAUUCAAGAUACGGACAGCAGCAUCAUCAGAUACAUCAACACAGAGUCUCAAUCGGGAUCCACAAAAUCAAAAAGAAAAACUACAACGUACCGAGUAUGUCCCAUGUGUGAUCGUGCUGUUGGUAAUUUCGGUACCAACUUUAAGAAUCAUUUUCGAAAAUGUUGUCCACUUAUUUAUGAUGAGCUUAGCAAGUAUCAACCAUUGUAUUUCGGUACUUGGAAUCAACUCAUAGAGAACGGAUUGAUCAAGGGAAAGGUCAUUGAAGACGAUGAAGAGUUGGAACUUGAAUUGAGAAGAACAUCCAAUUAUCACGAGCUUUGCCAAGAAGAAGGUAUUGCUCCGGUGGUAGGAACCAAACGAGAGUCGAGUGCUGAUGAUGACAGUGAUGAAGAGGUGGCUCCUCACGAAGACGAAGAUGAUUUGAAGAAAUUCAUGAAGAGUCUUGCAAAAGAACAGAAAAAGUCGAGUAGAUCCCGUAAGAAGAAGAAGGAUACUACUGCAUCUAGCAGCACUGCAGCUGCCGGUAGUACAAGUCCAACUUCCUCGAGCAGUGCCAUAUUUAGUACACCUGCAACUCCUCGCUUUGGAAGCAGUAGCAGCAGCAAUUUACUUUCACCAUUUACACCAGGCUUUAUUUCUCAACCCUUCUCACCAAUGAUUGGAAUGUUUUCUCCGAUUGGUGGAGCACCAACAAUGGCUUCAUAUCAACAGGAAACUUCGUGGCUUUUAAAUCCAAAUCAUUAUGUGAAUCAAGCCGUUGAAGAUGUGAAACAAAAUAUUGCCAAUUCAUCAACGUCAAAUUUGGAUUUGGGAAGUGAAGAUUUCUCAAUGUUGAGUGCCACAUCCAAGAUGAAUGCUCCUGCUGCACAACAAAAUGGACUUACCAUUUCCGAGACAUGGGAUGAAACUGUUUAUAAGCAAGCUCUGGAACGAUAUUUGAGAAAUAAUGCAUAUAUUCAAGAAAUUUUCUUUGGGAAAAUUGAACAAGAUGGAGAAUAUGAUAAUUGUGCACACAUGCAAAAAUUAACCAAAGCUCUGGAGAAAAUGAUUGAACAUAAUGACAAUGAGUUGGAGCGUGACGAGAAAAUUAUUGAUACCUUCAUUUCCACUCAACAAGAAUUUUAUUCUACCAUUAACUCCAUCACUAAGGACACUGACGAGAAUGAGUUGAGAGAAAAGAAGCGUAUUCUGUCUCAAAUUCUAUCAAAACAACACUAUCACUCACAAGCAGCUAAGAAACCUAAACAAGAUGCUAAAAAAGAAUUGAUUGAGCUGUAA